AUGAUGGGGCUGCUGGACGCGGAAUCGUCUCUGGCCGAGGUGGCUUUGUGGGUGUCUCUCACCGGAACGGGGAACGGGUUGGUACAGGCGGCCUGCUAUUCCCUGGUGAUGAAGAGCGUUAACCCGGAAAGGUUCGGGACCGCUGGCGCGAUGAUCUCGCUGACCCAGGCGCUGGGCUCCAUAUCCGCCAUAGUAAUCAUCGGCGGAAUAUUCGCGGCCCGCGGCGACCAUCACCUGGCCCAACUGGCUGGCAGCGUGGGAGCGGAGGCCACCGCAUUCCUGAAAGCCUACCGCGACGUUUUUAUGAUCGGUGCCGCAGUCGGCGUCGUCGGAGCGCUGGUGGCCGCGCUUGGCCGCCCUCCGGCUACGGUGCCCGGCUCCCGCUGA